UUUGUGGUUGAUCGCCAUGACUUAAGUCUCUGUGAUAUUCAGUUCUCUGGAUGUUUUUUGCCUCCCUCCUUCAGCGCGACUGCACUGAAUUCAUCUCGUCCGUUUUAUCGUCUGCCAGAUCUGAUCGCCUAGAAAUAUAAUAAAGACUCGGGCACCGCUAAUAAGGUCAUUCUCACAUUCUUUCGUAUCGGCUUUCACACCCAAUGAACACUGAAUCUGUCUGGGAAAUAUUAAAAGCGGAAAGACGGCUCCGAGAUUAUUAGUGGACUGCUGUUCACCUUGCCUUUGUCCGUACGGGACAGUGUGUCCUCUUAUUUUAUAUCGUUCAGAGAGCCAGUAACUCCUCUUUCAUUCCUCUGGUUUCUUUUUCUCUAAACCUUCUCCAGCACAGGAGCUCUUUCAGAAAGAGAAAGAAAGAGGAGGUCUGGCUGUAUCUGAUAGACGUUUGGCAGGUAAAGUGAACUCCGGCGUUCUGUUUUGUGGAACAAGGAAAAUAUACGGAUUGACUUUCAGCUUGCCUUCGCCCUGCCAGCCAUUCAGAGCCCACCGCAACAAUGCGACGAUUGUUGGACCCGAGUCCUCAUUCCCAGGUUGCUCAGUGGCAUAAAGGAGAGCAGAACUUAGGAAGAGGUCCCGUUCUGCUUCACCAAAGAUAUUUACACUUCUCAGAACUCUAGUGAAUUACUGGUAAGGGGAAAUCCCUCACAAAGGCCGACUGGGAUCACGUAUUAUCACGCAUCCUAAUUCUGGAACGAAACUUCUAACAGUCUUUCGGAGAGAUGAAGAACCAGACAAACCCGCCCGAGAAUUACUAGAGAAUGCGUCGCCAUCUUCGGCGUUCGUGUAGACCAAUGCAAUUCAACUGGAUUCGGAGAUAUUCCUCUGCAAAUGGCAUCAGGUUUACGCAGAAAGCCAAAACGGCCUUCAGACAAACAAGGAAAUGUGUAACAACUAGAGAACGUGCAAUAAAAGAGACGAGUUUGAGGAGAACCGUCAAACAUCGCUGUGCACGUGGACUAAGGAUGGCGGUGAAAACCAAUAUAAUUUUGAUGAGGUGAUGAUCACCUUCUUUUUCGCAUUUCGGCAUCGGGGUCUGUGAUACAAAAUUGCGUUUAAAGCAUCGCGGCUAAUUCUUAUUUAGUUUCAUCGGGAAGAACGUGCUCAUUUGGGUAGCAAGAAAAGAAUCGCACCAGGGCGAGAGCGGAGAGAAGCCUUACUGUCUGUAAAAAAAAAAAAGAAAAAGCGAGUGAAUACGAUAUCACAGGAUGGAGAAGAUAGAGCCUGGAGCUGAACCGUGACGAGAAGGUCGGUAUAGAGGCAUGUUCGGUCCUCUGAGCGGCAAGCAGCAGCCGGCCGGUCCGGGCCUCACGGAUCUUCAGCAGUACAGCCAGUGGCUGGCCAGCAGACACGAGGCCAGUUUGCUGCCCAUGAAAGAAGACCUGGCGCUCUGGCUCUCUAGCAUGCUGAGUGUUGAAAUCACAGCCGAGAGCUUCAUGGACAGGUUAGAUAAUGGUUUCCUGUUGUGUCAGCUGGCUGAGACGCUGCAGGAAAAGUUCAGGCAAAAUGACCCCGAUGUGAAUUCACCAGGAAAGUCGAUUCCAAGUCGCAGGAUUCCCUGCCGAGCCAGCGCCGCAUCCGGUUCCUUUUUUGCCAGGGACAACACGGCCAACUUCCUGUCAUGGUGUCGAGAGGUGGGCGUGGAUGACACCUGCCUGUUUGAGUCAGAUGGGCUCGUUCUCCACAAACAGCCAAGAGAGGUUUGCUUAUGUCUGCUGGAGCUGGGAAGAAUAGCAUCCGGGUACAAGGUCGAGCCACCUGGACUUAUAAAGCUGGAGAAGGAGAUCGAACAGGAAGAGAAAACACCUGAACCUCCGCUCUCACCUGUACCUCCCACUUCCAAUUCUCAAUCUCCAUCUGUUUCUCCAUCCAUCUCUCCGUCUGUCUCUCCGAUCAACAAGGCCAACUCCAGCAAAAAAAGCACCGGCAAGCUACUGGAUGAGGCUGUGAAGCACAUUUCUGAAGACCCACCCUGUAAGUGCCCGAAUAAGUUCUGCAUAGAACGACAGUCACAAGGCCGUUACCGCGUCGGAGAGAAAAUGCUUUUCAUCAGAAUGCUGCAUAAUAAACACGUGAUGGUGCGAGUCGGUGGAGGCUGGGAGACGUUCGAGAGCUACCUGCUGAAGCACGACCCAUGCCGCAUGCUCCAGAUCUCUCGCGCGGAAGGCAAGAUCUCGCCCAUCUCCGGAAAAUCUCCCAACAUCAAAGACCUCGCGCCCGACAGCUACCUGGUAGUGGCGGCCCACUACAAAAGCAAGAAGUAAAGAAGAACUGAACUAAAGAAACAUUGAAGCACAGCUCACCAGUUAGCCGUUGUAGGACAUCUACUGGACUUCUACUGGCUUCUAGAACUAAAACUCUAAAAGAGAAAAACGAAUCAUAAUACAUAUAUAAAAGAGUAGUUCAGUUAGUUUGUGAAUAACAAAGAUACCGAAACUGGAAUCCAGAAACAGGGCUGUUUUAUUGUAUACCAAUGUCUUAUAUAUCUUUUCUUUUUAGCCUUUUACCGUUUUAUUGAUUAAAUAGAAAUUGCAUAAUAACCUCUUACAUUCAAUAGUGUCUUACUUCUCUCGUGGCUAUUCCCGAUCCCUUGAAAGUGCGUUUAAAUAGUACAAUACUUGGCAAACGUCACAUCAAUCUCUGGAAGCCGGCAAAGAAAAGGAAACUCGUAUAUUAACAUAAUCAACAGAUGCUUGGUUGUUCAGUCAAACACAAUCUUUAUUUAAGCAACCACGUGCUUCUACAACAGUUCCUGAUCCAAAAGUGCCGCUGCCCUCUACUGGUAAACAUCACAAUGCUUUGAUUCAUUGUAUUGUUUUACGGUAUUGAUAACACGUUCUGAACGAAACCUGGGAAGAUAUUUGGGUUGAUUAUUUGGUUAAAAUGUGUUUCCCUGUCACAAGCGUCGAGCUGUAGGCAGAGGAAACGGCUUACGAGCGUAACAAAAAAAGAAAUGCAUUAAAGGCAAUAUGAUGACGCAUUUGAGUUUCUAAAGCAUUGUAUCUCAGGCCCGGACACAUGGAUGUUGACUUUAAAUGCGGUAAAUUAAGAUUUUUUUUUUUAACUGAAGACAUCCAAAGCCCUUCGGAAAGGGUUAGAAUUCAAUGCGUCUAAGAAGAUAAAGUGAUGCACAUUCAAUUUUGUUCAUAAGAACAGCAAGUCGUACAAUCAACAGGCAGUGAAGGUGCUAACUGACAUAAUAUCCAUUAUUAUUAUUAUUAUUAUUAUUAUUAUUAUACUUCAAGUCCUGACCAAUCGCAAAAAGCGCCGCGAGCACACAACCAAAACACACCGGUGUAACUGAUGCAUAAAUAUAAAUGGCUAAAUAUUAAAUUAUCCAAAAUCCGAUAUAAAAGAUGCUUUUCAGUUGUAUAAAUGCGUAUUAAAAUGACAUUCGGAUCUCGGCUUCGAGGAUUCUGUUGACGUUAUAAAUAGAAAGCACAUCGGUACAAAAGCUGCGCGUGUGAAACGGUGCACGAUCGCAAACUGAUCGGGGUGUGGGAG